CCGCAAGGUGCCACUGAAAAUCCCUAUGUACAAACAGAAUAUGAAAGGCGUGAAUCAUAAAUUGCAAUAGUCUAUGACUAAACCAUCUCGUGGAACGUGAACGUGUUAUACUUCUUGAUUCUUGGUUAGCUUUUGUAUCUGUAUUAAGUUACUCUGUAAGUUCGGAAAGUUUAUUUAUACAAAAUCAUUUCUAUUAAAUCAUCAUGUACGACGAUUACAACGAGUAUGAUGCAUAUGAUGAUUACGGUCCGCUAGACGUUCAUAGCGACCAGUAUGACAGAUUGAGUUAUCGCCAAGUACCAGAAGUUGUACGAAAUUUUCUGGUAUUUUUGCGAAAUUGUAUAAACGAAGGAAUGAUAUUCGAGAUACAGAAUCUUUAUGAAACAACAUUUCCAAAAAUUUCGGAACAAUUGUUCGAUAAGUCGUCUUGGCCAGAUGCUCAAGCGAUUACGCAUAUAGUUGAUAAUGAUCCAGUAUUCCUUACCCUUUACAAAGAACUUUAUUAUCGCCAUAUUUAUGCUCGAAUGCAAGGACCAACAAUAGAACAACGACUUGGUUCUUUUUAUAAUUACUGCGAUCUUUUUAAUUACAUAUUGCAUCCUGAGACACCUGUUCAAUUGGAAUUACCCGAUCAAUGGUUAUGGGAACUGAUUGAUGAAUUCGUAUAUCAGUUUCAAUCUUUUACACAAUACCGUGCUAAUUUGUCAAAUAAAACACCAGAGGAAAUCGAACAUUUGAAUGCGCAUGGCAAAAUAUGGGAUGUACUUUGUGUUUUAAACGUCUUGCAUUAUUUAGUUGAUAAAUCAAAGAUCAAAAGCCAAUUGGAGGUAUAUGCAAGUGGAGGAGAUCCUGAUUCAGUGGCUGGAGUGUUUGGAAGACAUUCUUUAUAUAAAAUGCUUGGAUACUUUUCUCUUGUAGGUCUCCUGCGUUUGCAUUCUCUUUUAGGAGACUAUUACCAAGCCAUUAAAGUUUUGGAAAAUGUAGAGCUUUAUAAGAAAAGUGCAUACUCUCAUGUACCUGGUUGUCAGAUAUCAACAGCAUAUUAUGUCGGCUUUGCUUACAUGAUGAUGCGUAGAUAUGCAGAUGCAAUCAGAACAUUUUCUGGAAUUCUGUUGUAUAUUCAAAGAACAAAACAAUUGUUCGCAACAAGAAGUUAUCAAAAUGAUCAGAUUAAUAAGCAAACUGAACAAAUGUAUCAUUUGCUAGCAAUCUGCCUUGUUCUUCAUCCACAGUGCAUUGAUGAAGGAUUGCAACAGGCACUACGUGAUAAAAAUUAUCAUGAAAAAAUGUACAAGAUGCAGUACGGAGAUCUAGUAGAAUUUGAAUCCUGCUUUUUAUUCGCAUGUCCAAAAUUCUUGUCUCUUACUCCACCAAACCCUGACAAUCCGAAUGAAGACUAUAUUAGAGAAGCUAUUAAGCAUCAAACUCAAGUCUUCAUGGACGAAGUUGUUCAACAGAAAAUGCUACCGACGAUUCGUUCGUAUUUAAAACUGUAUACUACCUUGCCAUUAAGUAAAUUGGCAACAUUUAUGUAUAAUAACACCAGACCUGAUGAAAGUUGGGAUUUAGACAAAGAGGUCAGCACGUUAACCAUUCACUUGCUAUGUUUCAAACAUAAGAUGAAGAACAUUGUCUGGACUAAAGGUGCAUCAGGAUUACAUGGAAAAUUUCAAUCUGGCUCAGAGUUGGACUUUUACAUUGAUCAUGAUAUGAUUCAUAUCGCAGACACAAAGGUAGCCCACCGUUAUGGUGACUUCUUUAUUCGAAAAAUUCUCAAAUUUGAGGAAUUAAAUCGCAAAUUACAUCAUAUAAAAAUUUAAUCAUUGUAUGGAAACCAUAUUUACUUCAAAGGAAUAAAACACAAAUUUAUAACAA